AUGGGAGCCGGUAGAAAAACGGUCAACGCUCACGUGCUCUCGCCCACGUGUCAUCACAAGCACGUGCGUCCUAUGGCCUGCGACGAGGACUCUGAUCUCCGGAGAGGCAUCGGCGAGCUUCUUUCCCGGUGGGGCGGGCUUCAGAUGGCCGUGAAGAAUAAGUGGGGAGGCCAUGAUUCUCUCGAGAAAUCUCAAGAGCUUGUUCACGAUCUUUUUCAUCUCUUGUCUUAACCAAAUGUGAUAACGGUGGAUGAAAUAGAGAGUUUUCUACAUGAGAGCUUGCUUCUUUCUUUCAACACAGAGAUGGAAGAUGGCAGCAUUGAAGAGGUAGCUGAACAAUUGCUGAUACUUCAUGGUUUGCAUGGGAGUCAUUAA